GUGUAUUUAAGGUUCAACAACAAAAUCGCUGGUCUGUCGACAUCGAUCUGUUUGCGAAGGCAGGUGAUGUAGAAAGUUUUGUGGCAUAAUCAUCAAAGGGCAAUCAUGAGCUUCAAAAACAGUGCCCCUUAUCAGCAGUCUAGGAACUGCUUUCAACCGCUGGAGCCUCCACCUUCCCCAUCCGGGUUUCUAUCACAGUACUAUCCGAUCGAUCAGUCAUACUAUCAGACUCAACAACGAUAUCAAAAUCAACAGAACCAUGAGCAGUAUAUGUAUAAGCCAACGGCCAAGAUCAAACCACUCGGUUCUGGAUCUGGCACUAUCCAAUACAAUGCCACGGCACCCCCAACUACGUAUAAUUCCAUGGCUCCGCCAAGUUUUUAUGACACAGCAAAAAGCUACUCUGAACCGAGCUACACGUUUCCGUACACGUCUCUUAAUUUGGGCACAAAUCAUCACAUGGGCUUUUCCAGUAAGCCGAAUCAAACCAAAGAGAAGAGAAUUGACAAAAAGUCGUAUGAUCGAAUGACUCCUUGGGUCAAACAAGACUCUCUUAAAACUCCCGCGCCCUUAUGUGACGGCAAGGGAUUGAACAUGCUACAGAGAAUGGGGUGGAACCCUGGCCAAGGUUUGGGGAAGAAGUUGAACGGCUCUCUAGAGCCCUUGCUACCGAACAUCAAAAUGGAUAAAAAAGGUUUCGAUGUACAAAAAAAGCCGGUGAAACUUCGCGUUUUCAGCCAAACUAGUGGCAAGCGUCCCCCGAAACCCACC